AUGCAAAACUCUGCGGAAAGUAAGGCCAGAUACCGCAACUCCGCCAGAAUCUCACGCGCCUUUGAUUCUGUGGAUCCUCUCAAGAGUGUGGAUGAUUCACAUGAGGGUUUUGGAGAGGACGAGUAUGUUCCAACGAUCAUUACAUGGAGUCAAGGCGGUACAAAUGUCUAUGUUACAGGAACAUUUAAUAACUGGAAGCAAAAAGUUCGUCUUAAUAAGAGUACAAAUGACUUUUCCACGGUAUUAAACUUACCACCUGGAACACAUCGGAUCAAAUUUAUUGUGGAUGAUGAGUGGAAGUGUUCUACAGAAUUGUCGGCGGCGACAGAUGCUGAAGGAAAUCUGGUCAACUUUUUGGAGGUAGCAGACGAAGAACAAGAUGAACUUGAGGGUGGACAUGAUUCCCCGAUCAAUGGAUCACCUGCAGGAUCGUAUACAGAUCAAAUCCCUUUGUAUGCUCAAUCUGGAGACUCCUCACCUAUAGGUUCCUCAGGAGGUGACGCACUCUUGCCUCUGACGUCCAUCAACAUGGCACAGGACUCAAAUAACACGCGAAUAUCCUCUUCAAAAAUGUUCCCACCUUAUUCACCCACAAUUUCAGAUGAUCCGCCACCGGCUCUACCCCCUCAUUUGGAAAAAGUUAUCCUCAAUAAUGUACCAUCCAAGGAAGAUAAUUCAGUGCUUCCUGUUCCCAACCAUGUUGUUUUGAAUCAUUUAUAUGCAUGCUCGGUUAAGGAAGGAGUAUUGAGCAUCAGUGUAACCUCAAGAUACCGGAAAAAAUACAUCACGACUGUGUUCAUUAAACCUGUCGUGACAAGUAGUUAG